AUGUCUCAAAAACAUCAUGAACUUGUUGAGCGGCGUGUGGUGGUGUUAGGUGCCAACGGAGCAGAGAAGACAUCUGUGAUCAGCGCUUUGCUUGGUCAGACAGGAUAUGAGAUAGCAAAGAGUCCGGUUGACUGUGUGAGAACAACAGCUGAGAUUAAUGGAAGGAAGUUGACAUGUAUCGAUACCCCAGGCUGGUGGAGAAAUUACUCUGCAGUUGACACAGCAGAGUACAUCAAACGUAAACUAGUGCUGAGUGUGCUGGAGUGUCCUCCAGGACCUCAUGCUUUCCUGUUGGUAGUGAAUAGUGAGGCUCUGUUUGGUGAACAGGAACGGAGAGCUGUUGAGCAACAUGUAGGUCUCUUUGGGGAACGCAUCUGGGAACGCAUCAUCGUAGUCUUCACCAGUGGAGAAGGUCAGAAGACGAAGAGCGUUGAACAGUAUGUUGAGGACGGAGGAGAGGCUCUGAAAUGGCUAAUGGGCCGAUGUGGGAACAGGUGUCACAUGUUACACAGUUUCCAGAAGGGAAGUCAAAAUGAAGUCAGUCAGUUACUUGCAGGAAUUGAUGAGGUUGUAGCGAAGAAUACAGAACCAUACUUUAGGUGUGAGGGCAGGAAAUUACAGGAUGUUGAAGAGAUGAGGAAAGCUGACCAAAAGAGAGCAAUGUUCAGGAUGGACAUGGUUGACAGAAAAAGGGAAAAAAUGAAUAGAAGAGAGAUGGUACAUUCAUCUCCUGAACUAAGGAUUGUUUUAUUGGGUUGGUUGUUCUCUGGCAAGACCUUUGCGAAAAAUACCAUUCUAAGCUUAAAAGAAGCUAUUCAUAGAGGAAGAACCACUCAGUCCAAAAGAAGUUCCGGAACAGCCGUUGGAAGGCGGAUCUCUGUGGUGGACACCCCCGGCUGGUUCAAGCACUUCCCUUCACAGUACCUUCCUGACUGGGUAAAGGCUGAGAUCCAUGGAGCUCUGACGCUAGAUGGCCAACAUCCCCAUGCCAUACUCCUUACCGUUCCAGUGGACACAACUUUCCAGGAGGGCCACCGCAAGGUCAUCGAAGACAACAUGAAGAUGUUUGGGGAGCAGGUCUGGAGACACACCAUGGUGCUGUUCACAUGCGGAGACCUACUGGGAAACAGCAGCAUUGAGGAGCACAUCGAGAGUGAGGGAGCACCUCUGCAGUGGCUUGUGGAAGUGUGGAAACCGAUACCACGUCCUUAG